UUCACCGAAGGAUCUACAGCCGGCAUUCAUGACUGACAAUGACAAAAAGAUGGCGUCACAGCUGGCAACGGUUGAUACGCCAUACAAAGAAGAAACAGCGACCCAGAAAUUCAGGCGAAAGGCCAGGGAGUCCCCCUUUAUGAUCAUUGGUCUGUCUGGUUGUGUCUUUGUCUGCGCUUACGGUGCCUUCCUGUUCCGGAGGCGCAAGAAGCUCGACCCCUCCCUCUUCUUGAUGCAGCUCCGUGUGUCUGCGCAGGGAACUGUGAUCGGGUGCUUGAUGCUUGGCGUCACCUACAAUCUCUUCCAGAGAUUUAUGAAUCGAGGCAGCAGCGACGGGGACGACAAAGGCUCAUGAUGCCUCAUUGUUGCUUAGCUGUUAGCCAUCAUUAUUUAAAUUAAUAGUACUGGCUAUAAAAAUUACAUGUUUUUAUGCAUCUUGGGCGUGCAGCUGUGCCCGUCAAUUAGGAUCUUCUUUUUUUUUUUUUGCUUUUUCCAGGUCACCGCUAUCUGGAAGUGUUGUAUCCGUAUCUCUGUUAACCUUGCUGCCGGUGUUGCAUUUAUGCAAGGAGAAAAAUAAAUAGUCUAUAUUAACGUUAUCUCAACUUUGCAAGCAUCGCCUCUUCUGUACUGUUAGGAGGCAUUCUUGUGAUCUGACCUUUCUUUCACAUCUAUCUGCUAAACACUGCUUGUCAUGCACUAAUGUAUAUAUUCCUUUACUUAGGCACUAAGAAAUUCUUGUCUCUAAUAUUGCCAGAAUAUCUACUGGUAUAAAAAUUUAUGAAUUUGCAAUCGGCAGUUACCAGCUUUCAUUUUUCUUGUGAUCUGGUGACAUAAACGAAGCAGUAAAGUUUACUUAGUUGUAAUACCUACCCUUCCCAAAGUAUUUGGGUGUCAUACUGAAAAAUUUGCUCUUCAUGCUCUUCUCUGUGACUGACAGAAAUAUUGGAGUUGAGCUGAGUAAAGCUUGCGCUCUCAUGUGAUCUAUUUGGAGCAGAUGCUGGAAGUGAGUCACCGUUUGCUGCUUUUAUGUGAUCAGCUGUGUUAUACUUCGAAGUUCCAUACAGCAAAAGCAAGGCUGUAUGGAGUAACUGCAAUUUUUGAAGAGUGCACUGUUUCAUCAGUACAUAACACCUGCAAAGAAUGAUUACACUAGCACUCCCUUGUGCACUGAAAGAUGUCUUAGUUACUCUGCCCUCUCUCUCUCUAUUAUUCUUUUACAUUUUGUUAAUGUAUUCAUUUGAUCCUUCAUUUUUGCAGUGACACAGCAUGUUUGGGUGCAAGGUGUGUUGCAGAUGUGCAGAACUACUAUUAUGCUUAAAGCACUUAAUGUUUAGCCAAGCGGCAGGCUUGGCCAAAUAUGUUUUAACUUAGGACUGCUUUGAAACAUACAAAAAGGAUGUAUUUACGAGCUUAGAGUUUUUCGUGUUGAUGCCAUGUUUUGCUCCCAAACUGUGUUCAAAGGUGAUUGAGAUACUAAAUAUAGCAAGUUGUUGCACAGCUUAUGUUAUUUUUUGAUGUAUUUGCGAUAUCGUGAACUUCACUGCACAUAUAAAUUGCAAUGAGAUGACAAAUUACAUUUUGAUCAGCUGAAAAUCUAUAAAGCAUGUAUUGAAGAAUAUUUUAACUAUUGUUGGCAAAUAAAAGUUUAACGCUUU